AUGAGUUGCCCUGCAGAGACACUUCUUACAAUGGGCGUCUACACAGGGCGCCAACUACGGUUUUUCAGACGCAAACUUUCACCACCCGAAAACCCUUCAAGCGAAAAGGGAGCGGCUCAGGCUUUCCAACUAGCCAAGGAACUUCUUGCAAAAGAGAAGAUGGGCCAUAAACUCGUCAUUGUUUUAUCUGAUGGUGGAGAAACUACAUGUUCGAAGAAUAAACCAAGAUACGAUGAUAUCGACACCGCGGAGCAAUUGUGGAAUAUGGGCAUUCCAAUUUUCUACGCACCUGUCGGGGACAAUCCUAACAUGGAACAGGAUCAAGCAGAUUACCGAUCCCUCGUUCAUUUUCAGACUGGGUGA